ACGUGGUGGAGAAAAAGAUCCCGUUCCUCUCAAACUCACAUGCCAAGACCGCACAACUAUUAUCUACGAACAACGUUCUUGGAAGACGACGAGGACUUCGACUUCGACUGUGCAGAACAAGAAGACGAGAAUCAAUCAUGAUCAGAAUGCGGUUGUUCUCACUCUUCUACAUCACCCUUGCUCAUUUGGUCAUACCUGUGGAUGUUGCAAACAAAGUUCGACUGAACUAUGGUGUCGUAUUUCAAGAGAAAGCCAAGGUACAGUUUUCCAAUGAUGUCUGGUUACAUACGUUUGCAGUUAAUUUACCAAAAACAGUUCAACUAGAUUCUACAAAUGAUUGUGUGAACUGUUCAAAUUUUAACAAGGUUAUUGAAACCAUGAACAAUAUACGAGUUAGAUGUCAAGCUAGACUCAAUGCUACCAUUGAGGAAAUUAAAACCUUGAUUCCUGAAAUAACUCAAGAAACAAGAUCAGGAAAAUCUCCUAAAGCUUUAUUGGGUUUUGUAGGAACUAUGUACAAAUCCAUUUUUGGUUUAGCCACUGUUGAUGAUGUUAACAUUUUGGCUCAACACAUUAAUCGAAUUACUUCAACAGUCAACAAGGUUACAGAAGCUUUAGCACGACAUGGACGUCAUUUUUCUUCAUUUACAGCAGAAGUUACUCGUAGAUUAGACAAUAUGGUAUUGGGUCUUGAACAAAAUCAUAACGCUUUAAUUUCAUUAAGCAAUUCCUUAAAGAAAGAUGUCACUUUACUUAGCAAUGCUAUUGACACGGUCCCCAUAUUUUUGGUCAAUCAAUUAAGCUGAAACUUUAAAGACACAGUUGGAGCAAUUUAAACUUGGUGUUCAAACAUUAGUUCAGGGUAAUCUCUCACCAAUCCUCAUAACUCCAAAGCUCUUACAGAAAACCCUGCAUGAUAUCCAAACCAUACUAACAAAGAACUAUCGACGCAUGUUUGUUUCUUCAACUGACCCACAAGUGCAUUAUACUUUUUCUAAGUUCUUUUUCGCACGUCACCGUUCCACUCUCUACAUUACGGUAAAAAUACCUUUGUCAACCUUUCGACUGCCAUUUACCUUAUAUAAUAUAAUUUCACUACCCGUUCCUAUUAAUGCUUCAUCUAACCAUGCAACGGAAUUACUAAAUUUGCCAGAUACCAUUGUCAUUUCUAACAAGCAUGACUAUUUCGCCGCUAUCAGUGACUCUGUCAUUAAUGCAUGUGUAGGUGACACGGUUAAACAUUGUUUUCAAACCAUUGCUUAUACAUCAACUUCUAACAAGUCUUGUCUCAUGUCACUUUUUAACAACAAUAAGGAAGCUGUCAACGAAACAUGCAAUUUUAGAUUUGUUCAAGAACGCUUACUACCCAAACUCAUAGAAUUAGAUAAGUCUUCAGUUCUUGUUUACAAUAGUCAAAAUAUUUCAUACAAGUGUCAAAACAAAGUUAGGCAAGUACCAGGUUGCAAAUUCUGUUUAAUCAAAGUCCCUUGCUACUGCUCACUAACAACAGGUGAUUUAUAUCUCCCUGCACGUCUAACAGCUUGUAAUAAGAAACCCCAACUAAAACCUACUUAUUACCACCCUGUUAACCUUGCACUCUUGCAGCAGUUCUUUAAUGCAUCUUCCAUAAAUGGGAUCUCCGGAUAUACAAUGUUUCCAGAGGAAGCUAUCAUAGAUAUUCCUGCUUUUCGAUUAUAUAAUCAUUCAAUGUCUACAAUUUUGGCUAAGGAUCAAAAAGAACAUUUAAGUUUAAAGAAAAUGGUUAAAGCUUCAAAACGUGAUGCUAUAAUUUUCCAGUCAUUAGCUGAACCACUUGCAAACGGUGAUCUCACUGUGCCUGAAACAGAUAUUGAUACUUUCAAUGUUUUGACCAUUAUUUCUUUAUGUUUAUCAAUCCUUUGUGCAGUUGCCAUUGGAUAUUUAGUUUAUAAACUUAGAGCUUUGUCAGCAGCAUUGUUGUUAGCAUCUAAAGCCACGUCAGUCAAAGCUGCAUCUGUCCCUGUUUUUAGAUAUAGACCCGAAACAAUUCAAGUUGAAGAAGAGCCCUUCAUGUCAGACUAUAUUCAAGAUAUCUUAACUUGGGAUCAUGGAAUUUUUCUUAUGGUCUCAAUUUCAACCUUAUUUAUAUUGAUAUCAGUUAUUAGCUACUUAAGAAAUCGUAACAACAACUGCAAAAUUGUUCUUGAAGUAACAUCAGGUUCCCUUUGCACCAUCAUUCCUGUCACGUUCUUGUCUUUGUGUCCCUCCUAUUGGGAAAUCACGCCUCCAUCAGAUAUUAGCAAUAUUCAAAUUUCAGGGUACAUUAAGCCAAUUUUGACUUUAGAAUGGGAUAAGUUAUCUAUCAAAAACAAAAUCACUUCAAAGGAAAUUAAAGUCAAAUCUACACUUUCUCUGUCAUAUUGGCAAGCGUACAAACUUCGCAAAAUUCUUAAACAACCUUUUUGUGCAUAUUUGGUCUUAAUUCACGAUAAUUAUUACUACGCAUUGACAAAUUAGAACCAUUCUCGAUUAUCUUUUUUUUUUCUGACCCAAAGCUUCUUUUGUGGUUCUAGGUUGUUUAAUACCUUAUCCAUGUAUAUAAUUUUUUUUUUGUAUUGUAUAUAUGUUGCAUUUUGUUGCCUCUUUUCUGUGUGGUUCUUCUUUAUUUUUUAUAGUCCAAACAUAACGAUGUAAAGAGACCUAGCAAACAGCAGACAGCAACACACACUAGCACCACAUGUGAUGGCACAUCCUUUUCCGGUUCGUUCACGUGAUUGAUUUACUUUAACGUCAAUAAGGACCAAUUCCAAUAGACGCCAUAUGCCGUUGUGCAGAACUGUAGCAGAUUCGCGUGAAUGACUUUAGUGUAUUGGACUCCACUUUGGAAACGAUUAGCGUGUGCCAGAUUAACAAACUGCGAUAAUCUCUUCACCGGAAUUCAUGUGCCUAAAGAACUAUGUUGUGACAAUGAUUACUGGAUCCAUGUGCCUAAAGACUUUUGUGGUUACAAUGAUUAUGUUCGAUAAAAGGUGUUUGUUUAACUUUUAAUUACUGUGUAUUGACAAUAUGUGUGUUUGUGUUUUAAUAUGGUAUAGUGUGUUGCUUGUCUUUGCUGUAGGUUCUCAAUUAUUUUUUUUUUCUUUUGUCAUAAGUAGAUUUAGUUUGUAUUAUUUUGUGUGUGUUAUGUUUCAAUGUCUUACUUUACACUCAAUUGUACUUAUAUUUCUUUUUUUUUUUGCAUGUGUAUAUAGAAUGUUUAUUGUUUGAAGUUGUGUAUUUCAUUUGGUAUUUUUAUAUUUUUUUUUUCUUACCAUAAUUUCUUUUAACUUCAGAGGACUGAAGUUAGGCGAAGAAGGGGGUAGUGUGACGGUGCACAUUUUAAUGUUUUUGAAUUCUGACAUAAUUUUAUAUAAUCAAGGAUAAUCAAUAUUUAUUUUAUUCUUCAAACUAAAUUAUAAGCAAAUUUUAUUUAAAAGUUUAUGAUUUUGAAAAUAGGAAAUAUUUAGAAUUAAGUGUACCUUCUAAAUAAAUAAAUUAGUUUAUUUGUUCGGAUUAACAUUCACGCAUAAGUUCCCUUUAUUUCUUGAUCAAACAUAUGUUACAAUUUAUUUUAAGUAAUACUUUCUCACAUAUCGGCAAUUAUCAAUGGUAAAGUUAAUUUGUAAUAUAAACAUUUGCCUGUCCAUCUAUUCAUCUGUCAGAACAUACGUAUUUGAGUUAAUUACUAUCACUUCGGGAUUAACUCUUAACAAUAGAUGCCAGAAUAAGUGAGAAUCUCUUCGGCAAGUUAAAUCAAACUCUAGGUAAUAAGGGACGCUAUCCCUGUGAGGCUCCGAUAGGGAUAUCAAUUAAAUUCUAUUAAGGACAAUCAUAAUUAAAAAUAAUUAUCACCCUUGAGUGACCUCUCAAAGGACAGGUUGAGGGUUUAAGUUUGUUCUCCCGUCUCCCUCUCGUCACUUACGCUCGGGACACGAGACAAUAAACAUUGUAUAACCUCAACCUUGUCGUAUUUUAAAGGUCAGUAUUGAAACUUUUACUUAUUUUAUUUUUUUAACAAAUAUUUAGCAUUCUUAGUUAUGCAUUCAGUUUUAUUCUAAAUUAACAGUUAGAAUUAUCAUUUGUGAAUUAUAGUUAGGAUACAUAUUUACUGUAAAAGAUUAAUUAUUAGUCAUCUCAUAAUUAAGUAUAAAUUCCUUCAAAAAGUUAACUAAGUCCGGGAAUAAAUAUCGUACUUCGUCGCGUUAUUAUUAAAGUUAAGUAUAGUGUUCGGUUUCCUUCUACAAUAUUGUGUUCAAUGUUAUUUUGUUAAAAUGAUGUUACUUGUUAAAUUGUAUCAGACGCCAUAACUUUUGUAAUAAUUUUAGCACCGGAAAUGUAACCGGAAGUAAGUUUUCAAUAUGGCCGCCAAUAUUUAAUGGCGGACCACUGUAUUGUAU